GAAUGGCAUUUGCAACUGGUCCCUGUGGGUCAGGGAGGAGGAUCACCAGCCCGAUCUGAGCGGAGACUUGGGUCUUGUCGGGAUUUGCGCCACACCCUAAGUAUUCCAAAUCAUUGAUAGUCGACUUUUUCGAUGACACUCGGAAAAUGGAAUUUCUAAUCCCCUAGGAGGUGACCAAUCCUUCCCACCCCCCUUCAAUCUCCUCCAUCAUGACAAAAAGUCGCGUCUCUCGUCACCAGAUGGUGGGUAUAUCUAUCACACGGGGUGCCCGGUAUUUGGGUGAUUAAAUCCCUUGUUUUCCAUGAGAAUAUCUUCUGGUUUCUUGAACUGUGGUGUUUUCUUCUACAUUCCCCCCUAAUCUUCCCAUUGUCGGCACUCUUUGUGGACUCUGCUCAGUCGGUUUUUUGAUAAUACUUUGUUUUUUUUAUUAUCAUCUAUUGCCGUUGUGGUUAUUCUUUCUUAUACCCCCUCACGUCUUCCCUUUUCAACGACAAGUUCACCAUCUACAAUGGGCCUCUGGGAGUCAUCCUUAGCGUGCCCUAACCCGGUCGACAGUCCAUACACCGACUUAUUGUCGUUUGCUUUCCAAGGGCCCGUCGAGUACGAUCAAUCACGCCCAUUGUUCAUCGAUGCCGAAAACCCCUCGCGUUCGCUCAAUGCGAGUCAGUUCCGGCUGCUGGUGCGAACUUUGAUUGCCGGGUUGAAGGCCCAUCAUGUGCAACGCGGUGAUUGUGUGCUGGUCCACUUGGGGAAUAAUAUCAUAUACCCCGCAUUGUUCUUCAGCAUUAUCGGGGCCGGCGGCGUGUUUAUGGGAUCCAAUGCGCGCAGCCAACCACAGGAACUAGAUCAUAUCCUGACGCUGGCGGAGCCUAAGCUGAUUAUCACCUCGCCCGAUGCGCUCUCCACGGUUCUGGAUGUGUCUGCCGAUCAUGGUAUGCUUCCUAGUCAGGUGUGUGUGCUGGAUGAUGCAGCCACCGAUCACAUCGCACACUUGGUCCUGGGCGGCUCCCUGCCGAGCUAUGGCCCCGUCAACGGGCCCUACAUGCCGGACAGCGGGGUCGGCUGUCAUCUGAAUCUCGCCCAUCUUCUCGGGUACGGGGAGAAUGACUGGGUUGCGUUCGACGACGAGGCAAUUGCCACGUCGACGCCGGCCGCCCUGUUCUCGACGAGCGGGACGGGUGGUCUGCCUAAGGCAGCGAUCCUGUCGCACCACGCCAUUGUCUCCCACAACCGGAGCAUCCACUAUGAGGUGCCCUACGAAAUCAGUCGGCUGAUGUCGCUGCCCAUGUUCCACCUGUUUGGGGCGCUGUGGACGCACAUAUUCCCGGUACGCUACGGGCAACCCUUGUUCGUGCUGCCGCGGUUCGACACGGCGCAGUAUCUGGCAGCGAUAUACCACUACCAGAUCACCGAGGCGUACAUGGUGCCAGCGAUGAUCCACACGCUCAAUCGGAGCGCGUUGCCGGUGGCCGACUACGUGGGGUCGCUCCGGUACGUCGGAGUGGCCGGGGCGCCCAUCGACGGGGCGUCGAUGCAGCGAUUCAACCAGUUCCUGGGCGAGUCGGCGGUCGCGUCGCAGCUCUGGGGUAUGACGGAGGUAGGAGUGAUCUUCCAGAAUCGGUACGGGGAGCAGGGGCAUCCUGGGAGCAUUGGCCGGCGACUACCAGGAUACGAGGUGCGGCUGGUCGGGCAAGAUGGCAAUCUCGUGGAGGGGGAGAAUAGCCCCGGGGAGCUCUACGUCCGGGGAGCGGGGCUCCUGAUGGGCUACAAGGGCCGGAACGACGCCAAGGACGCGCACGGGUGGUUUCGAACGGGGGAUGUGGCGUAUUUGAAUAAUGGGCUGUAUUAUAUUGUGGGGCGGACCAAGGAGUUGAUCAAAGUACGAGGAUGGCAAGUUGCACCGGCAGAGCUGGAGGCAGUACUGCUGAAGCACCCUGGGAUUGAAGAUGCCGCCGUGACGGGGGUGACAUCCAAGGAUGGCAGCACCGAGGUGCCACGAGCGUUCGUGGUGCGGACGCGGGGGAUGACCGGGGCGCGACUGACGGCGGAGGAGGUGUACCUGUUCUCGCGACGGCAGCUGGCGAGCUACAAGGCGUUAGACGGGGGGAUCAUCUUCGUGGAGGAGAUUCCUCGGACGGCGAGUGGCAAGAUCCAGCGGUUCAAACUGUCGCAGAUGAAUACGUACCGGGAGAUAGUGAGCUCGUUAUUGGCGCGGUUCAAGGGGGCGGGAUUACAGACGCUGGGGUUGAUGCACAAGGGACGAAUCAGCGUGUGAUUUUUGUUUCGCUCUUUUCUUGUUCGAUGUUUGUCGAGGA